AUGCCUCGCAGAGUACUCAUCGGGUUCGGUGUCGACGUGGACGCGGUAGCAGGAUGGCUCGGAUCGUACGGCGGCGAGGACUCCGUGUCAGACAUAUCCAGAGGCCUCUACUCUGGCGAAGUAGGCGUCCCGCGCCUUCUGAAGCUGUUCAAGAAGUAUGGCAUCAGGACAACGUGGUUCAUCCCAGGCAAGUCCUGCGUAGGCCAUAGUCUGGAGACGUUCCCUGAGCAGAUGGCAGCGGUACGCGAUGCAGGACACGAGAUCGGGCUGCACGGCUACUCGCAUGAGAACCCAGUGUCCAUGACCCUGGAGCAGCAGAAGGACAUCCUCGAUUACACGUACGACCUCCUGGCGAAGUUCAAUAACGGUGUCCCGCCGAAGGGAAGCGUCGCGCCGUGGUGGGAGACCAGUGCGGAAGGGACGAUGCUGCUUCUCGACAAGGGUAUUGAAUACGAUCAUUCGCAUAUGGCACACGACUCGCAAGCAUACUACCUCCGCGAUGAAGAUACCUGGACGAGGAUCGACUACAGCGGGAAGGCCGAGACCUGGAUGAAGCCUCUACAACGAGGAAACGUCACUGGAUUGGUCGAACUGCCUGCAAACUGGUAUCUGGACGACCUACCACCGAUGAUGUUCAUCAAGGGGAGCGCAAACUCACACGGUUGGGUCAACUCCCGAGACGUUGAGCAGCUCUGGAAGGACACCUUCACAUACUUGUACCGGGAAGAAGAAGACUUCAUCUUCCCCAUCACCAUACAUCCAGACGUCAGCGGUCGCCCGCACGUAUUGCUCAUGUUGGAGCGCUUCAUCGAGUGGGUCAACACUCAUGAGGACGUGCACUGGGUAUGCAUGAACGACAUGGCGAACGAGUUCCGAGCGAAGAACGCUCCUCCGGCCGGAGCACGGAUGCCGCGUGGCAUGGAGAGUGGUACCUCGCAAUAG